ACCUGCUCACAGCUGCACCCAUGAGUCCUCCUCGCGUUGAUGCAUAGCCGCGGCCGACUAUGCCGAGGUAGAGAGCACCCGACUCGCGCUCCGACUGACGAUGGCAUGCGACGGUUCAUCCGCGGAGGACUUCCCGGACAAAGUGAUGCCCGGGGCGGCUCCGUGCAUGUGCAACAAGAAGUGCAGGAGCCGGAGCGGCAGUGUCGUCUUCCUGGGAUUAUUCCUGCUGUCGCUCUCUCUGCACGCUGUCACCCUCGUGUGCUAUUUGGACCUGCGGUCCGAGGUCAAAAGGGAAAUUAUCCACCAGAAGCGGGAUACAAUAUUGACACUUGCGGGGAGCGACCUGGCUGACCCGGCGGCGGUGCGACCGGACUCCGGCAUCGGCCGCGGCGGAGAGGGUCAAGAGGAGAAGUUACUACACAGAAAUGGUGAAUUGCAUGCCACGCAGGAUAACCGGGGCAUAACUCAGCGGGCGAAAAGAAGUCCCGCCAAGCAGCCAGAAGCAGAAUCGACUGGAAGGGAAAGAAGGAAAGAAAAGAAAAAAGGGAAAAAGCGUCCCGUGCCGGGGCCCCCUGGUCCCCCGGGUCCCCCCGGCCCGCAGGGGCCGCCGGGCAUCCCUGGAAUCCCGGGUAUUCCGGGAAGCAACGCUGUGGGGCCUGCAGGACCCCCCGGGCCCCCCGGGCCACAGGGACCUCCGGGCACUCAAGGGCCAGCAGGGGUUCCCGAUAAGACUAAAACAAAAGAAUUCCAGCCUGCAGUGGUUCAUUUGCAAGGUCAGGAGACAACCAUCCAAGUGAGAGAAGAUCUUUCUGAAGGCAUCCUCAGGAACUGGAAGAUGGUGUCCAUCCAUCACCGCGUGUUUAAAAUGCACUCCCGCUCUGGAGAGCUGGAGGUGCUGCUGGACGGUGUCUACUUCAUCUAUAGUCAGGUAGAAGUGUACUACCUCAACUUCACCGACAUUGCCAGCUAUGAGGUGAUGGUGGAUUCCAACCCGUUCCUCCGCUGCACGUGCAGCAUCGAGACGGGCCAGCGCAAGUUCAACACGUGCUACACGGCCGGGGUCAGCCUGCUGCGCGCCGGCCAGAGGAUCUCCAUACGCAUCGUGUACGAGGACACGCUCAUCAGCAUGACCAACCACACCACCUUCCUGGGAAGUGUCCGACUCGGAGAGGCUCCAUCUGCUGGACAAAACUGAUAACUACACCACCACCUGGCCUUCUACAUGAAACCGCCCCCACCAGGAAACUUAAAUCCGCCCAGUAAUUGACAUUGAGGAUGCCCCCCCCCCCGUGGGGAGUUUUGUCACCUUCACAGUUCUGUAUUAAAAAGGAGCACAUAGACUGUGCCGCUCCGCCCCUCAUGUUGACUCUGUGCAAAGAGAUCAGCCACGAUAAGGCUAAAAAAAGAAAAAAAAAGGUUCUAUUUCUACUCACCAUUUGGUGUCAACACGGACAGCAU